AUGCCCACCGAUAUCCAGCCCUCUCCAUACGACGUCCCGACCGAGAUUGAGUUCUACACUGCUUUAGCUCGCGAGGUCAAGAACGAGCAGCAGAGACUUAACCCGCCCAGCAUUGAACUCUACGAGGCCGCAUUUGAGGGCUUCGUCUCCCAGUGGAUCAACAGGGAGACCGGCCGUCUGCAUCGGUACCGUGCCACUUUCCACGAGCGCCAGGAUAAGCUUGAGGCCAAGCUUCCCCCUCCCGACGCCAAGUUUAGCAGCCCGGCUGUCGUGAGUUUGGUUCUGGACAUUUUGCACGGCAUCUACUGCAUGCGCGUGUACCUCGAAUACUUUGACGGUAUCAUUGCCGAACUCAACUACUUCGAGCACGUUGUCGAACUCCGCAAGGCAGCCCGCGCCGCUCGCGAGCGCCAGGCCCGUUACACUCAGAGCCAGCUGGCUCGCCUGGCCCGCCUGGCACCCAACUUUGCCUUGUAG